GUUUGCUUGAGAAGAUCUGCCCGCCCACAGAUUCAGUCUGAAGAUUAGCUUGUUGAUGGAUAAUUACCUCACAGAACAUUGUCUCCAUAUUUUAUAUUGAGACAAUCUUCCUGGAGUCAAUUUUGCAUCAACAAUAAUAAAAUCCAACCUUCAGUGUCAAGGGCAAUAACAAUGAGCAUUAGUGAAGAUGAAGUGGAGACAUUCCUUGAUGGCAAUCCAGAUUUUGCUAAGCAGUAUUUUGAAAGGAAAUUGGGGGACAAGGCUAGUUCCUGCACGAUGCCAAGCUGCAAUCAGCACUCUGAAGACUGCACAGGCUUGGAAGGGCUCGGCCAAGCAGAGGAGAACGAAACACUUUUUGAGCUGAUUCAAGACAUGCAAGAAAGCAUCAACAUGGAGAAGGUUGUCUUCAAGACCCUGAGACGAAUCAGCGCUCUGAUCCACGCAGAUCGUUGCAGCCUUUUCAUGCACAGGCAGCGGAAUGGCACACCAGAACUGGCAACCCGGCUGUUCAGCAUCCACAAGCAGAGCACAAUGGAGGAAUGCCUGGUGGCCCCCGACUGUGAAAUUGUGUUCCCGCUGGACAUUGGCGUUGUAGGGCACGUUGCUCAGACCAAGAAGACCAUGAAUAUCCCAAACACUGGUGAGUGCACCUAUUUUAGUACUUUUGUGGAUGAACUGACUGACUACACUACAAAGAACAUCCUUGCAACCCCUAUCAUGAAUGGCAAAGACGUUGUUGCUGUGAUCAUGGCUGUGAAUAAAAUCGGAGGUCCAUUCUUCAGCAGUGCAGAUGAAAGUCUUUUCCUGAAAUAUCUUAAUUUUGCCUCUUUGAACCUGAAAAUUUAUCAUCUGAGCUACCUUCACAACUGCGAAACUCGAAGAGGCCAGGUUCUACUGUGGUCAGCCAAUAAGGUGUUUGAGGAGCUGACCGACAUUGAGAGGCAAUUCCACAAAGCAUUUUAUUCAGUGAGAGCAUAUCUGAAUUGUGACAGGUACUCUGUAGGACUUCUAGAUAUGAGCAAACAAAAGGAAUUUUUUGACUUGUGGCCAGUUCUAAUGGGUGAAGCUCAGCCUUAUACAGGACCUCGGACUCCAGACGGCAGAGAGAUUGCCUUUUAUAAAGUCAUUGAUUAUAUCCUACAUGGAAAAGAAGAAAUUAAAGUUAUCCCAAACCCCAAGGCAGAUCACUGGGCACUGGUUAGUGGGCUUCCAACAUACGUAGCAGAAACUGGUUUUAUUUGCAACAUUAUGAAUACAGCUUCGGAUGAAAUGUUUACAUUUCAGGAAGGUCCUGUCGAUGAAUCGGAAUGGAUCAUCAAAAACGUUCUCUCUAUGCCAAUAGUCAACAAGAAGGAAGAAAUUGUUGGUGUAGCUACAUUUUACAACAGAAAAGAUGGGAAGCCCUUUGAUGAACAGGAUGAAACCCUGAUGGAGUCCCUGACACAGUUUCUUGGCUGGUCUGUGCUCAAUACCGAUACCUACGAUAAGAUGAAUAAGCUGGAAAAUCGAAAGGAUAUUGCUCAGGAUAUGGUGCUCUAUCACGUGAAGUGCAACCAAAAUGAAAUUCAAGCAAUCCUGCCAACACGAGAGAAACUUGGAAAAGACGUGACUGAAUGUGAUGAAGAAGAGCUGACAGCACUACUUAAAGCAGAGCUUCCAGAUCCUGCAGAACUUGAAAUCUAUGACUUCCAUUUUUCUGAUAUGGAAUGGACUGAACUAGACCUUGUGAAAUGUGGCAUUCAGAUGUACUAUGAACUUGGAGUAGUGAAAAAAUUCCAAAUUCCACAGGGGGUGCUGGUGAGAUUCAUGUAUUCGGUCAGUAAGAGUUACAGAAGGAUUACCUAUCACAACUGGCGCCAUGGCUUCAACGUUGCACAAACCAUGUUUACGCUUCUGAUGACAGGCAAUCUGAAACAGUACUACACAGACCUUGAAGCCCUUGCUAUGAUUACUGCGGCUUUGUGUCAUGAUAUUGACCACCGAGGAACCAACAAUUUGUAUCAGAUGAAAUCUCAAAAUCCCUUAGCAAAACUCCAUGGUUCAUCAAUUCUAGAGAGACACCACUUGGAAUUUGGCAAGUUUCUGCUCUCAGAAGAGUCUCUGAACAUUUACCAGAAUCUCAAUAGGAGGCAGUUUGAACACGUGAAUCACUUGAUGGAUAUUGCCAUUAUAGCUACUGACUUAGCACUGUACUUUAAAAAGAGAACAAUGUUUCAGAAAAUAGUUGAUGAAUCCAAGACCUAUGACACCGAGAAGGAAUGGGCUGAGUAUUUGUCACUGGAGACAACAAGAAAAGAGAUUGUCAUGGCUAUGAUGAUGACUGCCUGUGACUUAUCUGCUAUCACAAAACCCUGGGAAGUCCAGAGUAAGGUGGCACUACUUGUUGCAGCUGAAUUUUGGGAACAGGGAGACCUGGAAAUAUCAGUGCUUCAGCAACAGCCUAUUCCUAUGAUGGACAGACGGAAAGCAGCUGAGCUUCCAAAACUUCAAGUUGGUUUCAUUGACUUUGUGUGUACAUUUGUAUACAAGGAAUUUUCACGAUUCCAUGCAGAAAUUCAGCCAAUGUACGACAGACUACUGAACAACAGAAAAGAAUGGAAAGCCCUGGCAGAUGAGUAUGAUGCAAAAAUGAAAGCUUUGGAAGAAGAAAAGGAAAAAGAAGAGGCGAAAAAGGCUGCCAGUAGAGGAGUGAUGGCAACUUGCAAUGGAGGAAGUGUUGCCGCAUCUUCAACUUGUUCUGUCCUGUAAGCCAGCAAGAGAGACUUCAAAUAGGACAUAGCAGCAAACUGGGGUUUGCCGUCAAGUGAAUACUCAAUCAGGAAUCAUAACAGAUUGGUGGAAACUGUGGACACACUGUGCCCACUUCUGCCAGCCAUCUCAACAGCCACCCCGCUCCUAUUCUGUCUGGCAGUAGCAUUGCUGCUGCUGCUUCCAUUCCUAGCUUUUUCAGAAAGCAGGGAAUUGGGUGGCAGGGAGGGUAGAAGAGUAGUGUGUUGGGCCAACGCUCUACUCUCUAUACUUCCUGCCACCUCAUUUCCCCACCCAAUGGGAAGGAGGAGCAGUGGCAUCUGGCUGCUCCCCCCACCAGUUAAGAGGAAGGGGAUAUUGGGUAGAUAGGAAUUGGCAUACACUGCAAGUGGGGUGACUAGGGGGUAAAUUGACCCAUGAUUUGCACUGUGCGCCAUGAGGUGGGGGCAGCCACUUACCAUGCCACCUCAGGUACCAGUGUGGCUUGGGCUGGGCCUGAUUGUGGCUCCUAGACAAGUGUACAUGCGUCUGAACACCUGUUCGAUUCACACCGUAUUUGUAUAUGUAUUCUCAAAAUACUUUAAAAUGUACACCAAAACAUGUAAUGUAUAAAGGCCUGAUAUACUGAUGUCUCGGAGAUUUUAGGCAGGAACACAAAGAGUGUUUGAUUGUGUAUCUAGACAGCAUACAUUGCUUGUAUCAGUGAACAAACAAUCUGCUUCCUAUUCUGUUCUGUAUCUGACUUAUUACGGAGUGAUAGGGCACCAUAACUUCAUUCUUUCCAGAUUGUUGCAAAAUUUCAAGUUGCAUUACAGCCCUAUCAAGAUCUGAUGUGGUAUUGCAAGUACUAUGCAUCUGAUCACACUUUCUUGCUCCUCUUUAGAUGAGAAAUAUGCAGUCUGUAUUAAUAAAGAUUUAACGGCAAUACAUUGUGCUGAUCAGUUAGCAUUAAAGUGUUUCUUAAACGUUU